AUGGCGUCUCUCCAGCGCGCCCGUGCGCCCGUCCGGAGGGCCCUGAGCGCCGCGCCCGCCGCCGCCCGCGCCUUUGCCACCGUCCCAAACCCCGGCGACGACGCCGCCGCGAAGCCCAAGCGAAAGUCGUAUUUCAAAGACACGACGGUGGCCCCGUUUGCCGACUUUGUGGGCACGUCGUCGGCCGCGCAGCCGCUGUCGCCCACGGAGGCGUACACGCUGCGCACCGCCGAGGUCGGCCCCGCGGGCAAGAAGCGCACCAUCACGCGGCUGCCCGAGUGGCUCAAGACGCCCAUCCCCGCGGGCAACGACAACUACAAGAAGAUCAAGUCGGACCUGCGCGGGCUCGGCCUGCACACGGUCUGCGAGGAGGCGCGCUGCCCCAACAUCUCGGAGUGCUGGGGCGGCUCCGACAAGAGCGCCGCCACGGCCACCAUCAUGCUCAUGGGCGAUACGUGCACCCGCGGCUGCCGCUUCUGCAGCGUCAAGACGAGCCGCGCGCCCCCGCCCCUCGACCCCCACGAGCCCGAGCACACGGCUGAGGCCCUCGCCCGCUGGGGCCUGGGCUACGUCGUCCUCACCAGCGUCGACCGCGACGACCUCGUCGACGGCGGCGCGAGGCAUUUCGCCGAGACGAUCCGCAAGAUUAAGCACAAGAAGCCCUCGCUGCUGGUCGAGGCCCUGACGGGCGACUUCAGAGGCGACCUCGACAUGGUCAAGAUUGUCGCCGAGAGCGGUCUUGAUGUCUACGCACACAACGUCGAGACCGUCGAGGGCCUGACGCCGUAUGUCCGCGACCGGAGGGCCACCUUCCGGCAGAGUCUCAAGGUGCUGAAGCACGUCAAGGACGUGAGGGGCAAGGAGGGCAUCAUCACCAAGACGAGCAUCAUGCUCGGCCUGGGCGAGCAGGAGCACGAAGUCAUGGACGCCUUGAGGGAGCUGCGCAAGGCCGACGUCGACGUCGUCACAUUUGGCCAGUACAUGCGGCCGACGAAGCGCCACCUCAAGGUGGAAAAGUACGUCACACCCGACGAGUUCGAGAUGUGGCGCCAGCGGGCCCUCGACAUGGGCUUCCUCUACUGCGCCAGCGGCCCCCUCGUCCGCUCCUCGUACAAGGCCGGCGAGGCUUUCAUCGAGAACGUGCUGCGCAAGCGGGCAGGCGAAAAGGCCAUGGCUGGCACGGAGAGCCUCGGCAAGGCUGUGGCAAUGGACGCCGACACGCGGUCAAUUUAA